AUGGCGCCACUCUACGCUAUUCUUGUGUUUUUCAGCAAAGUGUGUGGUCUGCUUGGGAAGAGUGUAGUUCAGCCUAACACGCUGGUGACAGCUGAGCAUGGAGGAAGGAAGGGAAACUUUAACCUGACUAUCUCACAAGUAGAGCCAUCUGAUUCAGCAACAUACUUCUGUAUAACGACUACAACCUACAGUGGGAUCAGAUUUGGAGAUGGAACUACUUUAAUGGUGAUGGAGUCCCAGAGCAGGACAGUAGUACUCCAGCAGCCCGAGUCUGAGUCUGCGAAGCCAGGAGACUCUGUGACUCUGCAGUGUACAGUACACACUGAGACCUGUGCAGGAGAACACAGUGUGUACUGGUUCAGACAGGCCUCAGGAGAGUCCCCUCCAGGAAUCAUUCACACCCACGGACACAGGAGUGAUGAGUGCCAGAGGAGCUCUGGGACUGUGUCUCCCACACAGAGCUGUGUCUACAACUUCCCCAAGAGGAACCUCAGCCGCUCUGAUGCUGGGACUUACUACUGUGCUGUGGCCACCUGUGGGGAGAUCCUGUUUGGGAACGGGACUAAACUGCAUGUUGAGGAAAAUGAACAUCUUCCUCUUUAUUGCUUGGCGGGAGCUUUGGCAUUGAGUGUGAUCCUGAAUGUUGUCCUCGCUCUGAACAGGAACAAAAGCACUGAGAAUUCCAGAGGGGCUGCAUCAAACAUCCAAAUGUUCAGAGAAGACUCUUCAAGUGCACAGUGUCAAGAUGAAAGAAUGAAUUACGCUGCUUUGUCUUUCACUAAGAAACCCAAAGUGAGGAGGAAUAAGAGGGAAGUGCAGGAUGAAACUGUUUACUCUGAUGUGAGAUUUACACACCACAAGUGA